AUGGCUCCACGAAGACAGCCGACCACCACUCCGACUCGGAUAAUGACACGACCAUCCGCCGGGAGGAGGACGCCAGCAGUGCCACCGCCUACAGCAGCAAGCACAGCACUACCUGCAACCCAGGCAGCUACCGGGAAAGCAGCAUCCUCGAAGGCACCCCGCCGUAAGACUACCAAAUCGGCCCCGAAGCCUGCAACAACUUCUGCACAGUCUGGACGCACUCCUGCCAAGUCAACCUCCAAGGCAAAGCCCCAAGGCACACCAGCUAAGAAAACGCCAGCACAAGUCAAACGCACCAAGGCAGUGCCAAAAGCCAGCGAGAAAGACGACAAAGACGCGGAAGAUUCGGAAGACGAGGAAGACGAAGAACCGGAGACCUUACCGGACAGCAAUAGGACAUCCGCCAUCGCCGAGAAUAGCAAGACGAGCCAGCUUCCCGAAAGCGACAGCGAGCCUUCGGUCUCUAAUACUCAACCGGUAACACCAACGCCAGGUCGAAAGAACGCAAAGGCCAAGAAAGGCAAGAGGAAAUCAUUACCUUUCGAGGAACUAGCCUAUAUAAAUACCGACAGCUCAGAGGACGAGUUUAUCGACAUAUCGACAAAAGAAGCCGUGCCCACGUCCGCAUCCAAAGGGAAGAGAAGGGCGGUCGAUGAAGAGGCGUCCAUUAAGGUGGAAGAAACUGAUCCCCAACCUGCAGAUCCCCCGACGAACACUUCUACCCGCAAACGCAAGAUCAGACCGUUUGACGACCAAGCUUACAGAUUUGAAGAAGAGGAUUCAGAGCACGACGAUGGCGAAGAGCUCGACGACAAUGUCCCUGGAGACCUGCCACCCAAUUGGCCCAGAAGAAUCCAUCUCAAAGUCAGCCGAGAUCAACACGAGAAGCAAAUGCGACAGCUUGCCGGAAUAAGAGCCCGUGAAUCAUCUACAAGUUCCUGCUCGUCGUCGGGCUCUGGCUCAUCGUCUGGUUCGCGCCUAUCGUCAGGACCUCGCUUGUCGACAUCUCCCACCAGACCAGCUGCUUCGCAGGGCCCUCCGAGAGCGGUUUCGCCGCGAAGCUCGGGUUCCCCAGCGAAGCGGCAACGAACCGCAUCCCCCCCGGUCGCCAGCCCCUCGCAACCUCGCGACAGAACUCCCCAGAUAAGUACUGUCGAUCCCAAUGACGCCCUCGUCCUCGCGGAGCAACUGUUUGUAGACGUCGAAAAGUCACCGAGGGCGCUGGGUCUCGAUGAAAUCGGCGUUCUCUUCAUGAUAUUGCAGGAGAAGCUCUCGCGUUUCUGCAGUGACCAUUUCGAUUUCGAACUCACUGCCGAACAAGAGAAUGCGUGGCCCAUGCACCUCUUGGCUACGAAGUACUUGUCGCUCAUGCUGAUGACACAACGGAUCGCAGAUGGGAGCGGACACGGUUGGAAAAACUUCUUCACAAAACGGGAACACCGACGACAUCUCGUACAUGGUGUCAUCGGCGAAUGGUUCCAGCAACGGAUCUUCAAACACACCGCUUUCAGCAUCCCGGACGCCAAGGUACGCAAACUCGAAGACAUCGACCACAAGUAUCUCCACUACGACGCCUUUGUGCGCAACAAGAAGAAGGCUGAAUGUCUAGAGGAACUCAAAAUCGCCGAAGACUACUUCCCAUCGCAGGACUUCCCGCACAACUACGAGCACUUGGACAACCUGGAGAUCGCAGCGCGCAGAAUGGCCAACAAUUUGCUAACUGUCCUCGAGCCGCUUUUACCGCCUCCCUUCUUUGACCCUAUCAAGCCGAGAUGGAGACAGUCGUCAAGACUCCGGGAAGAAGGAGCCGAAAUGCGAUUUCAGAUCUGGCGAAAGCUCGUCGAACUCAUCAGGAUGGCGGGCAGCCUGCACCUUUGUAUCCGCUUUGCGGGCGUCAACGGCCUUGUCGUGCGAAUCGCACCGCAUGUGCCCAAGGGCACCAGAUUAAGUCGAGAAGAUGCUGAGGAGAACAUCUGCGUCAAUGCCGGAUCGCUGAAUGCGGAGAUUGACCGCCCUCCAAACGCCAACGAUCAGUUGCAGGUCCGGAUGACCUGCUUCGGACGAGUCGAAGCCGUUGUGCCGACUGGCCUGGACGUGCUCGAACUUGGACAUGCACAGGAAUCAGCUCGAGCAGCAGGGAAAGAGCUCACGCGGGAAGAAGCUGAACAGCAACUCUUCAACUUGUAUCCGUAUGACCUGCAAGAGACGGACGCCGCCAGGGAAGCCGUCGCCGACUUGCCACCAAUUCCAGGGACAGAGUGGUCCACGGCCAUCCUCAAGACCAGCAUUCAGGAAGCUCGCGGCAAAGGACACGGACGUCGUCCCCGAGAAGAUGAGACGAGUGAUCAAGCAAGCCCGAAGAGCGGUGCAUUCGUCACCGUCUAUUCGAGGGUCGCUCCUUCAAACCUCUAUUGCGAAUGGGUCUCUUCGUCUGACGAACAGCAGCUCCGGCCUACUGCAGACGCGGACCCACAGUCACACAGACAGACACUCGCCGAAGUCGUUGCAGAGGCCCGCCGCGAAAAGUACAUCUCCUGUUCCCUCGAAGACGCCGCUUCGGCGGUCUGGAACACCGUUUCGCGGCGCGAAUUUCUCGAGUGGCUGGUCUUCUCCGGCAGCAUCGCUGGGGUCAGUGCCCUUACAGCCCCGUGGAUCAGGGACACGGUCGAGAGCUUUAACCUGGCAGAGCGCUCGAGAGAUGUUGGGACAAGCAUUCAGCUCCACGCCGCUCGUGCCCUAUCUACCGCGGCGAACUGGCGAAGUGCCCUCCAGCACGCUUCGGCCUAUUUAUCGCAACUCGUCGCGCCGACUGCAAGCACCGUGACCGUCACAUCCGUUGUGACGGACUGGACUACGAUAACCUUGCAAGCCAGUGAAUCGUCGACCGGCGCAGGCGAGCCGAUGGAAGAAGUCUCCCCUGGCUCCGCUGCUAUUUCCUCAUUUCCUUCUUCUGAAGAAUACCUUCCCGAGGCUCUAAGAGGGCUCACGGACCUAUCCCGACGAACCAUUUCGCCCAAUGACCAGGACUAUGCCAUGGUCGCCAGCCUCUUCAGCGAGCAGAUGGGCUUCGUCGUUGAAGGUAGCACUUCUGGCACACAAGCGUCGCCGGAGCCGGAACUCACGCCGGCUCCUAGAACCAGUCGCUCGAAGGUUCUCUAA